GCCGCCAGUCAUCCCAGACAUGCAUCAGCAACACCACACCAGAGCAGCUCAAGGCACAUCAACGUUUUUGACCCGGCCUCUGACCUUCCUGCUCUAUCUGCUCACUUGCUCGGGACUGGCCGGAUCUUUCCAUGUUCCUCCCUUGGUGACCGGCCAGCGCUCGGCCUUCUCGGCCACCCGCAGCAGCAGCAUCACAGGCGGCUCCCAGCGUGCUGUGACCUUUGACCGCCUGCUGGUCAACGUGGGUCACGACUUCAACCCCGACACAGGCCGCUUCCGUUGCCGCAUCCCAGGUGUCUACUACUUCACGUUCACCGUUGGCAAGUUCCCCAAGAAGUUGCUGUCUGUCAUGCUAGUCAAGAACGGCCAGGAGGUGCAGGCCAUCGCCUACGACGACUACCGCAAGGAAGGCCGCAAGGUGCAGAGCCAGAGUGUGAUGGUCAGCCUGAGAGCCAUGGACACUGUGUGGCUGCUGCUCCAGGAGAACCCUCAGUACGCCCUUUACAGCAACGUUGGCCCCUACAUCACAUUUAGCGGCUACCUCGUCUACCCAGAUGUGUCAUCAAACACGGGUUACGUCAACAACCACCUUCCCCCGCCGGCUCUGCCGUUUCCCGGCUGUCCACCACCAGGGGACUACGGCUGGACAAGGAGAGAGGAGUUGGCGGAGGAGCCUCGCUCAGCCUUCUCCGUGGCCCGGACGUCUCCCAUCUUGGGGGAGAGGAUCUUCCAGCAGAGCAAGCAGGCCCUGACCUUCGACGUGGAGUAUGUCAACAUCGGGGGACACUUCAACAAGACGUCGGGCCACUUCACGUGCCACUACCCGGGGGCCUACUUCUUCGCCUUCACCGUGGGCAAGCACCCACGCAGGGCUGUGUCCGUCAAGCUGAUGCUGGGCAAGGGCGAGGUGCAGGCCAUGGUGUUCGACGAGGACAUGUCCCGGCGGCGGGAGAUGCAGAGCCAGAGCCUGCUGCUGCUGCUGCAGAGGGGAGACAGCGUGUGGCUCUACAGCCAGCAGGACGACCGAUACGGCAUCUACAGCAACCAGGGCCGUUACACCACCUUCUCCGGCUUCCUUGUCUACGCAGUGGCCCCCGUGGGACAGGGCAGGACUCAGAAUUAAGGGACAUCCAAUGGACCGCUGAGAAGCUGCGCCUGCACAAUUUUAUUAUCCUAAGUAGUACAAAUGACACAUAACUGAGAGUCUGGAAAUGUAGAUUCUUAGGUUUGUAAUAUGCCCUUAUAUUUGUGUAUCCCACUGUGGGGCAAAACAUGUUUACCAGCAUAGUAACACUUUAGCCAAAAUUUCCAAGAGCAAAUUAUUUUAACAUAGAACACUUCAUAAACUAAAGUAGUUGUUCAACUAAAGUUAUAAUGUAAAUAGUGUAUAGAUUGGUAUAUAUGGUUGCUUGUAAGAGUAUGAACUAAUGUAGACA